AUGAGAGCUGUGUGUGUUUGGUUGUGUGCGGUGCUCUGGAUGGGCACACUUGCAGCAGCGGGACACAGACUCAACGACUCCUCACUUCUGGGAGAGGGGAUGUUUUCUUACACCGGGCAUUUACUGAACGCCUCUGGCCAGUUGGAUAACCGGACUUCUGGAUUUUUCCUCCUGGACUUUGACGAGCUGAUGCUGGAGGACUGGCGCUCUCUGGCCAGUAAGACGCGCAGCGGUGUGGAGUCGCAGGACGGCGGAGUCAAGGCGCUGCUGGUGGCCGCCUACUCUCUGAUCAUUGUCAUCUCCUUGUUCGGGAACACUCUUGUCUGCCAUGUGGUGGUGAAAAACACACGCACCCUGUCCGCCACCAGCUUGUUUAUUAUGAACCUCGCUGUGGCUGAUAUCUUCAUCACGAUCCUCAAUACGCCAUUCACUCUGGUCCGAUUCGUGAACAGCACCUGGGUGUUUGGGAGGACAAUGUGUCACAUAAGUCGCUUUGUACAGUACUGCUCCCUGCACGUGUCCACCCUCACCCUCACAGCCAUCGCACUGGACCGUCGGCAGGUGAUUUUGCACCCUUUGAGACCUCGCAUGUCCCCGACACAAGGCGGGGUUUGGGUCGCUGUUAUAUGGAUAAUGGCCAGCUGCUUCUCCCUCCCUCAUGCGAUCUACCAAAAACUCUUGACUUUCACAUACAGUAAGGAAAAGGAGCGAAGGUUUUGUGUCCCCGACUUCCCAGAGCCAUCAGAUGUCUACUGGCAGUAUAUUGACCUCCUGACCUUCAUAUUGCUUUACAUGCUGCCACUCCUCAUCAUCUCCGCCUCCUACACCACAGUAGCCUGCCGGUUGUGGCGCCACAACACCAUCGGUGACACCACAACAGCUCAGCACGCCACCCAGAGAAGAAAGCGGCGGCGCACGUUGGCCAUGUUGCUGCUGGUGGUCGGGGUGUUUGCCGUCUGCUGGUUCCCACUCAACUGCUAUGUGGUGCUGCUGUCCAGCCAGGCCAUCCACUCCUCCAACGCCCUGUACUUCUGCUUUCACUGGCUGGCUAUGAGCUCCACCUGCUACAACCCUUUCAUCUACUGCUGUCUGAAUCCCGCCUUCCGCGAGGAGCUGAGGCUCCUCUUCGACAUGUGCAGGAGGAAACGGAGGGCGGUGGUCGGGUUGGAGCCAGAGCUCCGCCCCAUAGCUGCUCCUUGUCACAGGACUGCCUGGCCAGACAACCACGAGUCCUCUACGCCGAGGCAUGUGUUGUCACACAUGGGCCAAGCCUCCUCAAAGCAGAGCCAAGCCUCCUCCAGUCAAUCCAACACCCUUAAAGAUACACAUGUGCUCUUCACGGCCAGACAGGUCCUCACAGGGAAAAUUGACAUCCUCUCAGUGGAGCCCAUCGUGGCCGUGAGCUGA